AUGAUCGCCGCCUGCAAUUUUCUGCUGCCGGCUGUCGGAUCGGACUCAGCACUCGCCUACCUGCUCACGACCUCGCCGCAUGCGAACCAGGCGACGCGGACAAUGGGUUUCAGUGGUUCAAUUUGCAGUGCCUCGCAACGGCGACAUACGACCUCUUCUUCUUUCGAGUUACCAGGUGAUCCAGGCUCACGCGAUCCAGGGAUUGUUGCGAUGGAUUCCGAACAUCGAUUUUGGAGCGAACAGUACGAGCCUGCCUUCCGGAUUAUGACUGCAGCGGAUCUUCUCACUUCCGGACUUGAUGCCGUGACGUGUUGCAUAUGUCAGGGUUGCCCCACUGACGAUACUGUCGUGCAGCCCUCAGAGUGUUUGAAUGGCAUGCUGCUGGUACCCCAGAGCAAAGCGGUUCGAUUGCGCCUCAUGAGCCUGAUUGGAAGCGACAUCGCUCGCUUGAACGACAAAGCCUACCGCGAACUGCUAUCUGUUCGGCUGGAAGAAGAGCGCAGAAUGCUGAUCGAAAAACGGAUCAAAGACCGAGAAAAGGAGGAGCAGGACAGAAAAGUCAAGCUUUCGAAGAAACCGCAGUCGCCGAAUGACGAAGAAACCCCAGGAAGGAAAUUCCAAAGUGCCGAGGACAUGGUUCCUCAACAGCUGAAGCAAUAUCUGUGCCUGGGUCCCGACGAGGACGUCGCAAAAAAGUUACCCCCUCCACCGAAAGCUAAACUCAGCGUGCUCGCCAGCAGCAGUGCGAUCGCGUCAGGAUUUUCGCGGAAGAUUUCUGCCAUCGAUAGCCGGCUACGACCGAGAACCGGGACUUCUCGCCAAAAACGAGCCCCAUCUCAAUCAUCUGAUUUCGGUCUUGUGCCCAGCUGCAGAUGCAGAUGCCCAGAGGAUUGUCCAGUGAUUCAGAAGAAAAUCCUGUCAGCGUUGCAUAAAGCCCAGUGUGACGAAAAGCCAAGUGAAACAUUCCCGUCCUCAGAAGGAAAUAAUUGCGGGGACCCUAAAAUACCACGUAAAACGCAAGAAAUCAAUGUUGCGGAUAUUCUGAGGACAACAAAGACCCAAGAUGAAUCCGAAGAUCUUCGUGAUAGACUUGAUUCCAUUCAGGAUCUGGACACACUGUACAGCAUCGCAGACCGAUUACUUCUGCCACCACUCCAAUUCGUGGAAGAAGCCCAGGCUGAAGAACCCAUGAAACUCAGCAUUCUCGAAAACGCGGUUUUUGAUGGGAAUAACGCGACUGAAAACGCCAGUGAAAGCACCGAAGACAUCGACGAGUUCGGGAUCCUAUAAUCUCGUAUACGAACCAUCAUCGCCGACUACUUUCAAACUGUCGACUGCUUUUUUUGUUAUUGUUGUUGUUGUUGUACUUUACUAUGCUCAAAAGAGCCCAAAGAAAAACGCUUUCUUCAUUUCCCUCUCUUUCUCCGAUGAGGUACAGUACCUCAGCCGAAAACCCCCCGUUCAUCCGUUCAAUACGCACGUAUGUGGCGUUUGUUCGAUGAUUUCGGCCCCAGGCGUUUAGUCGCGAUUUAUUGCUUUUGCUUUCGGGAUGAAAUAGUCAACAAUGCAUGUGGCCCUCACACGAAGGUGCUCAUCGAUUUCCUGUGUGCGAUGAGGGCGAUUUCCACGUCAUGGGCUAUAAACAGCGAUUUGCAUGCACGCUGGUAAGAUGAAUUGCUUCAUCCAUGAAGCUCUGGGUAGAACCGAGGUCAUGAUGGUUUCUCAAAUGAUGCAAUACUCAUGUUUUAUUUUUUCUAUAUACUUCCUGUUGUGUGUCAGGGUAUAAUUUUAUUGGUAUGAGAACCUUGCUUGUGUCCAGACUAAAUACCGGAUGCUUCUACCCCGACAACUACUGAGCAUAAGAGAUUUUAGAAUAUUAUGCAAAUGAUGAAUUAAAGUUUCGUUGGUGUGCGUUUUGUUUGGAAGUUGAACCUCGUCACUUAUCCUGGCUAAAAGCAUAGUAGUCAACAAUAAUUACUUUCUUCGGAAAAUUAUUCAUCACAUAAUUUUAAAACAAAGUAUUAAAACGAAAAAAAUUGAAAUUUCCUGGCACGAUUUUACUUACAUUUUCGCAAAUAUCGGAGAGAAGUGCG